CCGCCGCGAGCCAAUAAAGCGUGAACCUGUCCGUCCGGCUCGCACUUUAAGACUUCCCGAGCGGCCGCGGGGACGCCAGUCGAGCCAGGAGACGCUUACCUGCCGCUUCCCCCGCCGCCCGGUGCACCUGGCUGCAAGGAACCUCGUUCGGAAGGAGGACGGCGACACUCGGCGGAGUUGGAAACGGCGCGCGCCGUCCGGGCACUAUUUUUGCCGUGGAACGUCGGGGCGCCUUGGCGACUCUUUCCCUGAACCGUGCCCCCUUCACCCGCCCCAGCCGGCCCGGGAAAGGUAGGACGACGGCUCCCGGCUCUAGUUACAGAAGCGGACCGUGCCCGGCGAGGAGGGUUGGAAAAUGCCCCGUGCGUUCCUGGUGAAGAAGCCAUGCGUCUCCACGUGCAAGAGGAACUGGAGCGAGCUCCCCGACGAGGAGCGCGGCGAGAUCUACGUGCCAGUCAGCCUGGGCUUCUGCCCACCACAGCCCUACCGGGAGCCGGAACCAUCAGUGGCCGAACCCCCUUCCUACCCGCUGGCUUUGGACAUGAGUCUUCGGGACGCCAGCUAUAGUGUAGCCCCUGCACCCUGCGUGGUGGCCCAGCUGCCCUCGGAAGACAUGGGCCGCCUGACAGACCCCCAGAGCAGAGACCACGGCUUCCUGCGCACCAAGAUGAAGGUGACCCUGGGGGACAGUCCCAGUGGAGACCUUUUCACUUGCCACAUCUGCCAGAAGGCCUUCACCUACCAGCGCAUGCUGAAUCGCCACAUGAAGUGUCACAAUGACGUCAAGAGGCACCUCUGCACGUACUGUGGGAAGGGCUUCAAUGACACCUUUGACCUCAAGAGACACGUCCGGACCCACACAGGCGUUCGGCCCUACAAGUGCAGCCUGUGUGACAAGGCCUUCACUCAGCGCUGCUCCCUGGAGUCUCACCUCAAGAAGAUCCACGGCGUGCAGCAGAAGUACGCGUACAAGGAGCGGCGGGCCAAGCUGUACGUGUGUGAGGAGUGUGGCUGCACGUCCGAGAGCCAGGAGGGCCACGUCCUGCACCUGAAGGAGCACCACCCUGACAGUCCGCUGCUGCGCAAGACCUCCAAGAAGGUGGCCGUGGCCCUGCAGAACACUGUGACUUCCCUGCUGCAGGGCAGUUCCCACCUGUGAGUGGCAUAAGCCCCGGGGAUGCUCCCGGAGGCCCCGAGGGGGUCCAGGCUUACCUCCCUGCUGCCCGGCUGGUCCACUCUCCUGCAGCCUCUUGCCCAAACACCAGCGAUCAGGACUGGAGCUCCCACGCCUCAGCACCCCUCCCCCGGCACACGUGCUCACUCGGGCCCAGCAAUGACCUCUGCUCAUUUUUGCAUUUUUGGUUUAUGGGCACAAGCCACUCUGAGCCUGGGAAGACGUAUGUCUGUUUGGGAAAGGGCUGAGGCCAAGGCUGCCUUCGGUUAGAAGCAGCUGCCUUCAGAGACCAGCACUGUUUCCGGGCAGCAGAACUUCCUUCCCAGAGGAGGUGCGAGACAGGAUCCUGCUGCCCUCGCCUCUGAGCGCAGAGCAGGGGCUGUGGGUCCCCAGUGGACAACAGAGUCGAGAGCACUGGCAAAGGGCAACCCUGAAAGCAACCAUGGUGGGGAGCAGGCGACAGCCCACCCACCCGGCAGGGCUUCUAAUGCUCAGGGUUCCGGGGGGGCUCUGCCCUUCUGACAAGGAGAGGCACACGUGUGCGCACAGCUGUGUGCGUGUGUGCGCCUGUGCACACACAGGAGGCCUUUCCACAUAUCACCUCAUUUUUAAGAAAUCAUCUGCAAGGUGCCAAG